AUGGAGACCAUACUGAAACAGAACAAAACGAAGCGCAAGCAACAGCAGAAACUAAGAAGGGAUAUAAAAAACACUAAAACUAAACGACGGCUGUGGAUUGGCUGCUACCUGUUUGGUUUCCUCUUGGAGAAAUGUAUCUGUGCGAAGUUGCGAUUUCGGCAAGUCGAGGCCCUCGAUUUAGUGGCUGAGACAUUAAAACUGCUUUUUUGUUUGGCUACUAAUGAUGUUGAGACUGCAAUGAAUUCUACAAAGAAAAUGUUGGAAAAGUCAUAUCCCAAAGCUGUGUGUCACUUGGUCAAAGCAUUUAUCGACAGACAUGCCUGA